AUGGAUUGUGGGGCUGGCACGCCACUUUCCUUCCUCUGCCUUGCUCUUCUGCUGUUCCAGCUCUACAGUUUUAAUUGCCAGGGCCACCAGUUUCAAGAACGAGCUUUGCCUGCAACCUUCCAGUUUACACAUUCUCGCUAUAAUGCCACUAUUUACGAGAACUCUGCUGCAAGGACUUAUGCCAACAGUAAAGUUAAAAUGGGGAUAAGCUUGACUGAUCGAUCAUGGGACAUUAAAUACAGAAUUAUUUCUGGAGACGAAGACAGCUUCUUCAAAGCAGAAGAGGUUUUACUGGGGGAUUUCUGUUUCCUAAGGAUAAGGACUAAGGGAGGCAAUUCUGCCAUACUGAAUAGGGAGGUUCAGAACCACUAUUUACUUAUUGUGAAAGCUGCAAUUAGAGGGGAAGCCCUGGAGGCAUGGACAAAAGUAAACAUUCAAGUUUUGGAUAUGAAUGAUUUGCGGCCUUUAUUUUCUCCAACAACAUAUUCUGUAACAAUUCCAGAAAACACACCAUUGAGAACAAGUAUUGCGCAGGUGACAGCAACUGAUGCAGAUAUAGGAUCAAAUGGAGAAUUUUAUUACUAUUUUAAAGAUAGAGUUGACAUCUUCGCUGUACAUCCAACUAGUGGUAUUGUUUCUCUCAGUGGCAAACUGAACUGUGAUGAGAAAAGCCAAUAUGACUUGGAGGUUUUAGCAGUGGAUCGUGGAAUGAAACUUUAUGGAAACAAUGGAGUAAGCAGUACAGCAAAGCUAGUCAUUCAUAUUGAUAGAAUCAACGAACAUGCCCCAACACUAAGUGUAGUGUCUCACAUUCCCUCCUUGAUGGAUAUUGAUCCUAUCUAUGCAAUUAUCACUGCAGAUGACCUGGAUGAUGGAAUUAAUGGUGAAAUUGAAUCAGUUUCUAUUGUGGCAGGUGAUCCUCUAGGACAGUUCCAUCUUGUUAGAACUGGUUUAGGGGGUAGGGAAUAUAGGAUAAAGUCAGCAAAACCAGUGAACUGGGAAGACUUUCCUUAUGGUUAUAAUCUUACUCUUCAAGCAAAAGAUCAUGGAACCCCUCAAAAAUUCUCUGCAGUGAAAAUUGUACAUAUUAAAAAUCUGGAGGAAAUUGAAAACAAAGUAUCUUUUGCAGAGGAUGUCUAUGAAGUGGAGCUGAAUGAAUUUGCUCCCCCUGGAGCAGUAGUUGUUGCUGUUAAGCUAAAGCCUGAACCACAGAAUGUGGAAUAUAGUCUUGGUGCAACUGAAGAUGCUCACUAUUUCUCCAUUAAUUCCCAAACUGGUCUGGUCACCACGGCAGAGCAUAUACGUGAGAAAGAGUAUUUCAUAUUGGAGGUGAUGAGCAAUGUCAGCGAAAUGAAAGUUCGAGUUGUGAUAAAAGUAGAAGAUGCAAACGAUCAUACACCAGAGUUUCAUCAACUGUCAUACGUGACAUCUAUCAAUGAGAGCAUGCCUGUUGGAAGCAGUGUUUUAGUUGUUACUGCGACUGAUGAUGACCAAGGAGAAAAUGGAUAUGUAACAUACAGCAUUGGCAGCCUGAACUCAUUACCUUUUGUAAUAAACCAAUUUACAGGUGUCAUCAGCACAAGUGAACCACUGGAUUAUGAGUCUUCGCCUCACAGUUACAGGUUUUUUGUUCGGGCCUCAGAUUGGGGUUCACCUUAUCGACGUGAGAAUGAAGUAAACAUAACUAUAAAUGUGGAAAAUGUGAAUGACAAUAAGCCCCUCUUUGAAAAGGUGGACUGCCGAGGAGUGAUUUCCCGUGAGUUCCCUGUUGGGGAACAAAUAACCACAGUGUCAGCUAUUGAUGUUGAUGAACUAGAAUUGGUAAAGUAUAGGAUUGUUUCUGGAAAUGAGUUUGGAUUCUUUGAUCUAAAUUCUGACUCUGGUGUGCUUUUCUUGUCAAAAACGUUGGACGGUGCAAAUCCAAAAGGUGGACUCUUUACACUUAAGAUAACAGCUACGGACGGAGAGAAUAUUGCUGAUCCUAUGUCUCUUAAUAUUUCAUUGGUGUAUGGUAAACCAACUACAAAGGACUAUGCAUGCACAGAAACUGGAGUUGCAAAGAGACUAGCUGAAAAAUUGCUCAAAAGGGUUAAAAUAAACAAGUCAAAAAUGGAGGAUUUAUUCCUUGAUCUUUAUUCAAUUAACAGGCAGUCUCCGCAGUUUGAUAAAUCCUUUCCUUCUGAAGUAGCUAUUCAGGAAGAUCUUCCUGUUGGCAGUAUGAUUGUUAAGAUCCCAGCUUCUGAUGCAGAUAGUAGUUUCAAUGGCAGAAUUAUAUACACCAUCUCUGGUGGCAAUGUUGAUAGUUGUUUUAAUAUUGAAAUGGAAACAGGAUGGUUAACAGUUCUGAUGCCAAUGGAUCGUGAAUUAACUGAUAAAUACAUUCUUAACAUCACUAUUUAUGACUUGGGGUCUCCUCCAAACUCUGCCUGGAAACUGAUGACAAUCCAUAUUCAGGAUGCUAAUGAUAACAAACCUCGUUUUUUGCUGGAUAGUUACUCCGUUAGCAUUCCAGAGGACACAGUGGUUGGUACAGAAAUAGUUCAGAUUCAGGCUACGGAUGAAGAUUUGGCUCGCAACGGUGAAAUAAUUUACACACUAUUAACAAAUACCCUCCAAUUUGCUAUUAAUGCCUCAACUGGCAUUGUUUAUGUGACUGGGUUGCUCGAUCGUGAAUUACUUGCUAACUGUACUCUGAAAAUAGAAGCUCGUGACCAAGCUGACAUUGGUCAUCAACUAUAUUCUGUGGUAGAUUUGGAGAUCAUUUUAGUGGAUGUUAAUGAUAAUGCUCCUCAUUUUGUUCCUUCAAGUUAUUUUGUUAAGGUCCUUGAAGAUAUGCCUGUAAGUGCUGUGGUAACAUGGCUUGAAGCUCAUGAUCCUGACCUUGGUUUAGGUGGCCAGGUGCGUUAUUCUUUGGGAAACGAUUAUAAUGGGAAGUUUGAAAUCGACCGCAUCAGUGGAGCAGUACGUCUGUCAAAAGAACUGGACUUUGAAAAACAGCAGUUCUACAAUCUGACAAUUCGUGUUAAAGAUAAAGGUCGGCCCAUAUCGUUGUCCUCCGCAUCCUUUAUAGAAAUUGAAGUGGUUGAUGUGAAUGAAAAUCUUUAUGCACCACAGUUUUCAGAGUUUGCCAAAAUGUCAUCUGUGAAGGAAAGUGCACCAAUUGGGACAAGCGUUCUACACGUGACAGCAAAAGAUGGUGAUGAUGGAAGGGAUGGACAGAUUCGGUAUUCUAUCCGAGAUGGCAGUGGUCUUGGUCGUUUCACUGUAAACGAGAAUACAGGGGUUAUUAGUACAUCUGAUGUACUUGAUCGUGAAACAACUGCAUCCUAUUGGCUGACCGUGUAUGCUACUGACUACGGAGUUGUUCCGUUAUUUUCAUCUAUUGAGAUCUAUAUUGAGAUUGAAGACAUAAAUGACAAUGCACCAAUAUGUUCUCAACCUAUUUAUCAUCCGUCAAUUAUGGAAAAUUCUCCCAAAGAUGUUCCCAUUGUUCAAAUCCAAGCCUAUGAUCCAGACUCAAGUUCCAGUGAUAAAAUGACUUUUAAGAUUACAAGUGGGAAUCCCCAGAAUUUCUUCACUAUUAACUCGAAGACCGGUCUGAUCAUGACGACAUCAAGGAAACUAGAUCGAGAACAGCAGGCAGAGCAUGUUUUGGAGGUGAUGGUGACAGAUGGCAGUUCUUCGCCAAAGUAUUCCACUGUGUGGGUGAUGGUACAUGUAUUGGAUGAGAAUGAUAACAAACCCCUGUUUCCUCAGAAAGUAUAUCAAAUUAAACUUCCAGAACGGGACCGCAGAAAACGGAGUGAGCCGAUUUAUAGAACGUUUGCAUUCGAUAAGGACAAAGGCCCCAAUGCAGAAAUUUCCUACAGCAUUGUGGAUGGAAAUGAUGAUGGGAAGUUUUUUAUUGAUCCUAAAACCGGGAUGGUGUCCUCCAGGAAGCAGUUUUCAGCUGGAAACUAUGAUAUUCUAACUAUUAAGGCAGUGGACAAUGGAAGACCACAAAAGUCAUCUUCUGCACGUUUGCAUAUUGAAUGGAUUAAGAAACCGGAACCAUCUCCCAUUCCUCUUAGCUUUGAUGAACCAUUUUACAACUUUACAGUGAUGGAAAGUGACCGAGUGAAUGAAAUUGUUGGUGUGGUCACAGUUCUACCAAGUAACAUACCUCUUUGGUUUGAUAUAAUAGCUGGGAAGCAAGCCCGAGAGAUGUUCUAUGUUUAUCAGACAGCUUGUGGCCAGAACUGUUCCAGAGAAGGUGGAAAUUAUGAAAGUGUGUUCGAAAUAGAGAAGGGUGUCGGCACACUUGUUAUCGCAAAGCCACUGGAUACUGAGCACAGGGCCACAUAUAAUAUGACUGUGGAAGUCACAGAUGGAACAAACUCAGCUACCACACAGGUAUUUGUCAGAAUACUCGACAAUAACGAUAAUGGACCUGUGUUCUCCAAGCCAAGCUAUGAUGUUACCAUUUCUGAAGAUGCUGCCAUAAAUACUGAAAUUCUGCACAUCAAAGCUACUGACAGGGAUGAGAAAAGCAAAUUAACAUACUCUAUACACAGCAGUAUAGAUCCCAUAAGCCUCCGUAAAUUUCAUCUUGAUCAUAGUACAGGAAUGUUGAGCAUAGCUGAAAAAGUGGAUCAUGAAGCACAGGCUCAGCAUAGUUUGACUGUAAUGGUCCGAGAUCAAGAGUUUCCAUAUCGUCGUAACUUGGUACGAAUUAUAAUAAAUGUAGAUGAUGCCAAUGAUCAUGCCCCCUACUUCACUAGUGCUGUGUACAAUGGUUCGGUUUUUGAGUCUGCUGCUUUUGGCUCUGCUGUUCUGCAAGUUACAGCCCUAGACAAGGACAAAGGUCAAAAUGCUGAGCUACUGUACAGUAUUGAAGGUGGAAGCAAUGAAAAUACUUUUAAAAUUGAACCAGUUUUGGGAAUUAUUACUGUUUCAAAAGAACUUGAUCUGUUAUCCCUUGGACAGUAUGUUUUGACUGUUAAAGCUUCUGAUCAAGGAUUCCCAGCACUUUCUGCUACUGCAAUUGUACAUGUCUCUGUGACUUUUUCGGACAAUGCACUUCCAAAGUUCCUUGAGAAAGAAUACACGAUUGAGGUCAAUGAAAAUGCCAAUGCCGGUACCUCAGUGAUUAUGAUCUUAGCAGUGAGCAAAUCCACAAUAGUUUAUGAAAUAAGAAGUGGAAAUCCAGACAGUGUCUUCACAAUAAACCCUUAUUCUGGAGUCAUUAGUGUUCAGAAAGCACUUGAUUAUGAACACAUUCCCUUCUAUCAUCUGAUUGUUCAGGCAUCCAACAUGGCAGGAAUGUCUUCAAAUGUUACUGUCAAUAUUCAUGUUGUUGAUGAAAAUGACAAUCCUCCAAUAUUUCUGCAUUCACAAUACACUGGCAGCAUUAGUGAGGCUGCUCCAGUCAACAGUGCAGUUUUAAUUACUGGCAACAAGCCACUUGUUAUAAGAGCUACUGAUGCUGAUUGUAACCAGAAUGCAUUGCUUGUCUAUCAAAUUAUUGAAUCUACAGCAAAGAAAUAUUUUUCAGUUGAUUCCAGUACAGGUGCAAUCAGGACAAUAGCAAAUCUAGAUCAUGAAACAAUUUCAAUUUUCCAUUUUCAAGUCCAUGUCAGAGACAGUGGAAGUCCACAGCUCAUAGCUGAAGCUCCAGCAGAAGUUACUAUUUAUGUAGCUGACAUUAAUGACUCUCCACCAAAGUUCAGCCAAGAGGUUUAUGAAGCUGUUCUUCUUCUGCCAACGUAUAAUGGUGUUGAGGUUCUCACUGUGUCAGCCACAGAUCCAGAUUUUCAAGUAUUAUCAGAAUUAACUUUUACAUUGACUGAUGGGAAUGCAGGAAGCUAUUUUUUGAUUGAUCCAAAAAGUGGAUUGGUCACUGUAAGGAAUCACACUCUUGUUGAAGAACUCUAUAGACUUACUGUUCGCGUAUCUGAUGGGACGUUCAGCAGCACAGCUCUGAUAAAAAUAAAAGUGAAAGAUGCAAUUGACAGUGGUCUACAAUUCACUCAAACUUUCUAUUCAUCUUCCAUCUUGGAGAACAGCACAGAAAUAAAAAAAGUAGCAGUGGUAAAUGCAGUGGGUAACAUGCUUAAUGAGCCACUGAAAUACCGAAUAUUGAAUCCUGGUGACAAGUUUACAAUUAAAUCUACUUCAGGAAUUGUGCAAACAAUGCCGGUGUCAUUUGACCGGGAAGAACAAGAGUUCUAUGAGUUAGUAGUGGAAGCAAGUCGUGAGCAUGAUCCUUGGUGUGUUGCAAGAGUAGUCAUUCAAGUCCAGGUUGAAGAUAUUAAUGAUAAUCCACCAGUGUUUAUAGGCCUACCUUAUUAUGCAGCUGUUCAGGUUGAUGCAGAACAAGGUGCUAUUAUCUAUCACAUUACAGCUGUGGAUCAUGACAAGGGUAAAAAUGGAGAGGUUACUUAUUUUCUUAGGGAUGGAUAUGGUCACUUUGAGAUUGAUCAUUACUCAGGUAUUGUUUUGUUAAAGAAACCUUUUGAAUUUGAUUUAUCCAAUGUUGAAUAUGAUGUUGUGGUCAUUGCUAAAGAUGGAGGUUCUCCUUCUCUUUCUACACUUGUGGAACUGCCUAUCACAGUAGUUAACAAAGCAAUGCCUGUCUUUGAAAAACCAUUUUAUUCAAGAACUGUAAAUGAAGACAUACAGACAUUCACCCCUGUCCUCAGCAUCAAUGCAUCAAGUCCUGAAGGUCAAAGUCUGAUAUAUACCAUUAUUGAUGGAAAUUCCUUAAAUCAGUUCAGUAUAAAUUUUGAUACAGGAGUCAUUAGUGUCAUUCGUCCUCUGGACUAUGAAACUGUAUCCAACUAUAAAAUAACUGUAAAGGCAACAGACUCUCUAACAGGUGCUCAAGCUGAAGUGACUGUGGAUAUAUCUGUAAAUGAUGUUAAUGACAACCCUCCAGUUUUUGAAAAAACUAAGUAUGAAGCAACCCUUUCUGAAUCCUCAAUGGUUGGAACCCCUGUCCUGCAAGUUAUAGCAUUGGAUGCAGAUUCUGAAAACAGAAGACUCGUACGGUAUCAGAUUGUCCAGGAUGAUUUAAACAGUACAGACUACUUUCACGUAGACAGCACAAGUGGAUUGAUUUUAACAUCACGCAUGCUGGACUAUGAACUCAUUCAACAAUAUAAUUUUAUAGCUCGAGCAACAGACAGUGGCAUUCCCCCAAUGAGCACUGACGUCCCAGUUGUUGUUUAUGUAACUGAUAUGAAUGAUAACCCCCCAAUCUUCAACCAACUUCUGUACGAGUCCUACGUGAAUGAACUUGCACCACGUGGUCACUUUGUAACUUGUGUCCAGGCAUCUGAUGCAGAUAGCUCUGAUGCUGAGAAAUUAGAGUACAGCAUCCUGUCUGGUAAUGAUCAUAUGAAUUUUAUUAUGAACAGCAAAAGAGGUAUUAUUACUCUUUCCAACCAUCGCAAGCAAAGAAUGGAUUCUGUGUACAAUUUGAAUGUUUCUGUAUCAGAUGGCAUUUUUAUGAGUACUGCUCAAGUGCACAUCAAAGUACUUGGUGCGAAUUUAUACAGUCCUGUUUUUUCAAGCAAUAUGUAUGUGGUGGAAAUGAGAGAGAACUCUGCCAUUGGAAGCAAGGUGAUUCAGGCAAUGGCUACUGAUGGGGAUUCAGGGAAAUAUGGGAAUAUUCAUUAUUUUAUAGUGAAUGAUUUUGCAAGAGAUCGGUUCUCUAUUAAUUCUGCAGGUCAGAUUAUUGUAACUGAAAAGCUAAACAGAGAAUUUUCUCUGGAGAGAGAGAUUAAUGUUACAGUGAUGGCAGUUGAUGGUGGCGGUAGAGCAGCAUUCUGCACUGUGAAAGUCAUUCUGGUGGAUGACAAUGACAAUGCUCCCCAGUUCAUGGCCUCAGAAUACAGGACAAGUAUAAAAGCAGAUGUGACAAAAGGGUCAUUGAUCAUCCAGGUGGAGGCUUUUGAUCCAGAUGAACAGGAAAAUGCAAAGAUAUUAUACUCAUUGUACAGUGAAGAAUCAGAUUAUGUAGAAAAUGCAGUAGACAUUGAUCAUGAAACUGGAUGGAUUGUCACAAAAGGAAAUUUUGACCAUGUAAAAAAUACAGUUCUUUCCUUCUUUGUAAAAGCUUCAGAUAGUGGUAUCCCUGUGCGAAGUGUUCUUGCUCCUGUAUAUUUUCACAUACUUCCUCCUGAAACAGAUCUUCCAGCUUUUUUGCAGCAUCAGUAUUCAUUCAUGCUGCCAGAGGAUGUCCCUAUAGGAAGUACAGUUGGUACAAUCCAAGUUUUGCCUCGCCAGAAUCUUUUAUUUAACAUAAUUAAUGGAGGAUUGUCAAAAAAUAAUCACGAUGGAAUAUUUGUGAUAGAUUCGCACACUGGUAUUUUAAAAUUGGACAAGAGGCUUGAUUAUGAAGCAACUCCUUCUUAUGAGUUUUUGGUCACAGUCACUGUUCACAAUGGGAGAACGGACAUCAUUUUGACAACUAAUGUUAAAAUUGAAGUUAUGGAUUUGAAUGACAACAAGCCUAUCUUUCAGACCAAUCCAUAUGAGGCUACAGUCAUGGAAGGUAUGCCUAUAGGAACCAAAGUAAUUCAAGUCCAAGCAAUUGAUGAAGAUUCAGGAGUUAAUGGACAAGUUGUGUACAGUUUCCUGCCAGCAGCUCAUUCGGAACUUGAAAAGAUUACAGAAAUAUUUUCUAUUGACAGAAACAGUGGCUGGAUCAGAACACUUAGAGACCUUGACCAUGAAAGGCAUCCAAUCUACACUUUUACAGUGGUAGCUUUGGACAAUGGUGAGAUGAUGUCUCUGUCCUCAACAACGAUAGUUCAAGUGGUUGUGACGGACAUAAAUGACAAUGCUCCAAAUUUUCUGAAUGACAUAUAUAGGGGAUCUGUUAGAGAAAGUGAUUCACCUGGUGAAGUUAUUGCAGUCCUCAGCACAAGAGAUGAUGACACAUCUGAAGUCAACCGCCAAGUCAGCUAUCAUAUUACGGGAGGAAAUGAUAAAGGGAGGUUUGCCCUUGGUCUGGUGCAGAAUGAAUGGAAAGUCUAUGUAAAAAGACCACUGGAUCGAGAAGAACAGGAUAUUUAUCUUCUGAAUAUUACAGCUACUGAUGGACUUUUUGUAUCAAGAGCAGUGGUAGAAGUCAGAGUGCUCGAUGCAAAUGAUAACAGUCCAGUCUGUGACCAAGUCACUUAUACAGAGACAAUUUUGGAAGAUAUCACACCAAAUAAAGUUAUUCUAAGGAUUGGUGCUCGUGAUGUUGACAUUGGAUCUAAUGCAGAAAUACGGUAUUCUUUGCAUGGAACUGGCUCGGAGAAAUUUUUCCUGGAACCAGAAAAUGGUGAACUGAAAACAUUAUCGGCUUUAGACCGUGAGGAAACUCAAGUGUAUAAUUUGAUUGUCAGAGCAACAGAUGGUGGUGGACGCUACUGCCAGUCAGGAAUAGUUCUGUUAUUGGAGGAUGUGAAUGACAAUCCACCUGUGUUUUCCUUCAGUCAUUAUACUCAAUCUGUUUAUGAAAGCACGGCGAUAAAUGUUUUGCUGGCAAAGGUUGAAGCAACAGAUCCAGAUAUAGGCCCAAACAGCGACAUAGAAUAUAUACUUGUUGACUCUGCUGAUGGAUUUUUCUCCAUUGAUAAGUAUUCUGGAAUCAUCAGUCUGGAAAAGGCAUUGGAUAGAGAGCAGCAAGCAUUAUACAAUCUCACUGUCAAAGCUACAGAUCAAGGAAUAUCGUGGAAACUCUCAUCCUUUACUACAGUUACUAUCAUUGUGUUGGACAUCAAUGAUAAUCCACCAGUUUUUGAGAGGCGAGACUAUCUAGCCACAAUUGCAGAAGAUGCAGCUUUGGGAACUGAGGUUUUAAUUUUGUACGCUGCCAGCAAGGACAUUGGUGCAAAUGCCGAAAUUACUUACAAUAUUAAAUCUGGUAAUGAACAUGGAAAAUUCAAAAUUGAUCCUCAAAGAGGAAUUAUUUCUAUAAUUGAAUAUCUCGACUAUGAAACUUGUAAGGGUUACUACCUUACAAUUGAAGCCAGAGAUGGAGGCUGUCCUUCACUGAGCACAUUCACUACAGUAAAUGUCAAUAUAACAGAUGUCAAUGAUAAUGCACCAGAGUUUAGCAGAGAGAUAUACAAUGCUGUUAUCAGUGAAGAUGCAUCUGUUGGAGACUCAGUUGUUAAGGUUCUGGCAGAAGAUUGCGAUAGUCAGAUCAAUGCACAGAUUAAUUUUUCCAUUGUGAAUGGAGACCCAGACAACUACUUCAAUAUUCAUCCAGUCACAGGUUUAAUCAAGGUCAAAGAGCAACUUGAUAGAGAAAAGAUAUCUGGGUAUUCAUUAACUGUGCAAGCCAAAGACAGUGGAACACCUUCUAUGUCAUCUACAGUUAAUGUGAAUAUUGAUGUCUCUGAUAUUAAUGAUAAUCCUCCUGAUUUCAUCCCAGCAAAUUAUUCAGCUGUCAUUCAGGAAAAUAAAUCUGUGGGCACCAAUAUCCUGCAACUUUCAGUGACUGACAAAGAUUCUUCCCAUAAUGGGCCUCCAUUCACAUUCACGAUAGUAGCUGGAAAUCAUGGGAAAGAAUUUGUUUUAGAUCAACAUGGAGUUCUGAGAUCUGCAAUUGUGUUUAAACAGAGGGAUGCAACAGAAUACCUUCUGCAUGUGCAGGCUCAGGACUCUGGCAAGCCACCACUGUCAUCAUCCACCUAUAUUCUUGUUCAUGUGAUUGAAGAAAGCAUUCAUAAGCCAACUGCUAUUCCACUUGAAAUUUUUAUUUCCACAAUGGAAGAUGAGUUCCAAGGAGGUGUAAUUGGCAAGAUCCAUGCCACUGAUCAAGAUAUGUAUGACAUCCUUACCUAUGGUUUUAAGUCAGACCAAAGAAGUCUGUUCACUAUAAAUAGCCAAGAUGGGAAGAUUAUUGCACUUGGGGGACUAGAUAAUGGCAAUUAUGUUUUGAAUGUGUCUGUCAGUGAUGGGCGCUUCACUGUGCCUGUUGAAGUUGUAGUUCAUGUUGAGCAGGUGACUCAGGGUAUGUUAAACAAUGCAAUAAGUAUUCAAUUCGAAAACAUCUCUCCUGAAGAUUUUGUUGGACUUCACCUCCAUGGAUUUAGGCAGAGCCUUCGGGACAUUAUUGCUGCCCAAAACCAAGACACCCUUCAUAUCAUUAGUAUUCAGCCAGUUGCAGGCACGCAGCAACUUGAAGUUUUCUUGGCAGUGCAAAUGUAUAGAAAUGGGUUCUACCGAUCUUCUUAUUUGAUUCAGAAGCUUCGUAAUGCAAAAAAGGACCUAGCAAGUGGCCUCCGUAUUUCCACUAUAAUGGAUAAGAGCUGCUCUGAUGAGGAAUGCAAAGAACGGUAUUGUGAGCAGAUGACAGCUGCAGAAUCACAAUCCAUGAUGACCUACAGCACUGCAAGGAUUAGCUUUGUGUUCCCCAGACAUUUUAGGGAUGCAGCUUGCACUUGCAAUGGUGACAUCUGUCCUGUUGUUUCUGAUGCUUGCCAAGAGAAACCUUGCCCAAAUGACAUGCAUUGUGUUCGAGGUGGUGUAGGACAAGGACCAUAUACCUGUCAGUGUCCACCAGGAAAUUUGGGAAAAUGUUCAGGUCAUGCAUCCCUUAGCUUUGCUGGAAACAGCUACAUUAAGUAUCGGGUGGCAGAGAACAGUAAAAGAGGUGAACUGAAAUUGGGGCUGCAUUUGAGAACACUGCAGAGUAAUGGAAUAAUAAUGUAUGCACAAGGAGACUAUUGUGUCAUUCUAAAGAUUGUGGAUGGAAAACUCUGGUUUCAAUUCGACUGUGGGAGUGGGCCUGGCAUUGUGGGAAUUUCGGGCAGAACAGUUAAUGAUGGGAAUUGGCACACUGUCUUUCUGGAUCUCAACAAGAAUUUUACAAGCCUUGCACUCGAUGACAGCUACGUGGAACGCCGAUGGGCUCCUUUCAAUGUUCAUAUCCUCAGUAUUGACAACUACAUCUAUUUUGGGGCCCAGGUUCCAGCUUCUCGUGGCUUGUUAAGCCAUAAGAGUGCACAGGUUCUUGGUGGGUUUCAAGGAUGCCUGGACUCAGUUGUCCUUAAUGAUAAUCAGUUACCACUCCAAAACAAGCACAGUCACUUUGCAGAAGUGGUUGGUCUGACAGAACUGAAACUUGGUUGUGUAUUGUAUCCAGACACUUGUGCAAGAGAACCAUGCCAGAAUGGAGGAACCUGUGUAAGCCAACCAUCUGGUGGUUAUCAGUGCAGCUGUCUGCAACAGUUUACGGGAAACCAAUGUGAAAUUGAAGUUACAUCCUGCUUUCCAAACCCCUGUCAGAAUGGGGGCUCCUGCAAUCCGUUAGGCAGUGAUUUUGCCUGCAACUGCAAAGAAGGAUUUAUGGGUUUUAUGUGUGAAGAAGACAUUGAUGAAUGUAACACAGAAGAGUGCCAAAAUGGAGGAAUGUGCUUAAAUACCUUGGGCUCAUUUCACUGCAACUGUACUUCAGGAUAUAUAGGGCUGUACUGUGACCUCAGGCCAGUAGUUGUGCCCAAUAUACAACCUGGACAUCCCUAUGUUGGCAAAGAGGAACUUAUUGGAAUAGCUGUGGUCUUACUAGUUCUGAUGAUGCUGGUGAUGCUUUUUGCAAUUUUUCGAAAGAAGGUCUUCAAGAAGCAUGCACGUAGCAAUAUGACUCUUGUGCAGGACCCUGCAACUGCAGCUCUGCUUAAUAAGCCUAAUGGUAUUCAGUUCAAAGGCAUUAGGAAUAAUGGUGAUAGUCGUAAGAUUUACCAAGAAACUGGAGGUCCUCCUCAAGUGCCAGUAAGGCCUAUGGCAUACACACCAUGCUUCCAUAGUGACUCAAGAAACAACUUAGACAAAAUUGAUGGCAUGGGGAUGGAGCAUCAAGAAAUGAGCACCUUCCACCCUGAUUCCCCUCGACUUCUGACUACACGGAGAGGCGUUGUUGUGUGCAGUGUGGCCCCAAAUCUCCCUACAGUUACUCGGUCCAUCUCUGACUGUGAUUCGUUAAGAAAAAAUACCUGGGAUAGAGAAAGAGAUGGAAAAGUGGACAUUAUUGAGGAUGCAGCAGGCUUUACUGGAAGUACAAAAGGGAGCAAUUCUGAGGUGCAGUCACUCAAUUCCUUCCAGUCUGACUCAUGUGAUGAUAAUGCUUCAGUAGUGACUGUUAUACGGCUGGUUAAUGAUGCAGUUGACACAAUUGAGAAUGAAGUGUCCCUUAUGGAGGAGGGGCAGAACUACAACAGAGCUUAUCAUUGGGACACCUCAGAUUGGAUGCCAAGCACUCGACUACCAAACAUUGAAGAAGUGCCGCAUUAUGAAACAGCUGAUACUGCCCCUGUGCAUCAUGCGAAUACAAGAUCACUGGAUGCUGACUAUUACCUUGGUGGAUAUGACAUAGACAGUGACUUCCCACCCCCUCAAGAUGAGGAAUUCCUGGGCCAGGAUCAACUUCCUCCUCCCUUGCCAGAGGAUUACCAGGAUCAAUAUGAGAUUAUCCAAUCACCUCAGACAACAUCCACAUUGAACGCUUUAAACUCCAAUAGCAGAAGACGACCGCACUUCCAUCCCAGCCAAUACCUUCCACCUCACCAGUUUCCUGCAGAAGGAGAGGCUGUUGGUAUCCAGGAUGUAACUGACAAUGGUGCAUUCCCUGCAGGUUCAAACCAAGACUUGGAUAAAGUGAUUAGCGACAACAUACCAAUGCCCGUACUUGCAUCAACAAAUGCAUCAUCUUCAGAUAUGUCGAUGAGCUGUGGUUUCGAUGAUUCUGAAGUAGUGAUGAGUGACUACGAGAGUGGUGAUGAACUUAAUUUUGAUAACAUUCAUAUCUCUUUUGUAGAAUCUCAAUACCAGACACAGGUGUGACAAUUACAUGGGCCACUUCAGAGCUAAAAAUUAACAAUUUAGCUGCACUAGAAGUAAGGAGAUGCAGUGACAGGAAGAUGAAGAGCUUUCCAUUGCGUAUUUGCAUCUGCAAGGAACUGAUGAACAAAGUAAAUUAGAAUGAGUUGCUUUCUGCUAA